AUGGCUAGUAUCCAAAGGGCUCGUGUGAUUAAUGGUGUUCCUACAAACCUAAUAGUUCAUUCAUUUGGCGACCGGAUUCUUGUUUCGAUUACACAACUCGGCAAAAUUGGUUGUUUGAUUCAAGCAUCUAUACCAUCAUCCGUGCCUCUAUUACCACCACCUCCGCCCCCUUCAUUGCCACCACCACCCACGGCAAUCAGCCUGACUCCUCUGGUCGGGUAUCCACCUGAUCCACGAAGUCUGACACUGUUUAAUCUCUAUGCGUCGCAAGCCGCUUCCAUCGCCUGGUCCAAAGCGGGACAACUGAAUCGGCGACCAGUCAUUGUGGGACUAGCUCUCAAAAGAACCAAGAUCCCGUCAACUCGCGAAGAUAUCGAUGACGACGACUUUGUGGUCUCAGAGGAUGAUAGGCAAACUUUAACGAGAUCAUCCACGGAGAAAGGCCCUUCUCAAGCAGAGCUACUCAUUCGGUGUUGCUCAGCAAUUGCCAAAGAGCUCAUCGAUGCAAACAAUUCCAAGAAAAAGGUAUCGCUAAACGAGAUCAAGGCAAGGGUAUGCAAGCAAGUGGGCUAUGGAGGCGUCCCCAGAUUAGUGGACAUUAUUAGUGCAGUCCCAGAAGAGCACAAGAAAGCAUUGCUACCGAAGCUCAAGGCGCGACCUAUUCGAACGGCGAGCGGGAUCGCCGUUGUGGCGGUAAUGUGCAAACCACACAGGUGUCCGCACAUAGCCAUGACCGGUAACAUUUGCGUUUAUUGUCCUGGUGGCCCCGAUUCAGACUUUGACUAUAGCACGCAAAGUUAUACUGGUUACGAACCGACAAGUAUGCGUGCUAUUCGUGCGAGAUACGAUCCAUACGAGCAGACGAAGGGAAGAGUAGAGCAACUACGAAGUCUGGGCCACAGUGUUGAUAAGGUAGAGUUUAUUAUAAUGGGAGGAACAUUUAUGUCAAUGCCGGAAGACUAUCGGAGCACGUUUAUUGCCCAGCUGCAUAACGCAUUGUCUGGGUUCACUGGCACAGAUGUUGACGAAGCUGUGCGAUAUUCGGAAAGGAGCAAAUCCAAGGCUAUUGGGAUCACCAUUGAGACCCGGCCAGACUACUGUCUGCGUCCGCACUUGAGCCAGAUGCUGAGAUAUGGGUGUACCCGACUCGAGAUUGGUGUGCAGUCUGUAUAUGAAGAUGUUGCAAGAGAUACGAACCGAGGACACACCGUCCGAGCGGAGUAUUUCGAGAAUCCUGCAUUCAGGUCUGACGGGUUGAAAAUAUAUCCGACUCUUGUCAUUCGGGGGACCGGGUUGUAUGAACUUUGGCGGACCGGGCGGUACAAGAACUAUACUCCGAAUGUUCUGGUCGAUGUCGUGGCACGUAUUCUCGCGCUCGUGCCUCCAUGGACUCGAGUAUACCGCGUGCAGAGAGAUAUUCCGCUCCCGUUGGUUACGAGUGGAUGCGAAAACUCCGGGAAUUUGAGAGAGUUAGCACUUCAACGAAUGAAAGACUUUGGAGCGGAAUGCCGAGACGUUCGAUUCCGCGAGGUUGGUAUCCAUGAAAUCCAUCACAAGGUACGGCCCGAGUCUGUUGAGCUCCUGCGCCGAGACUAUACGGCCAAUGGAGGUUGGGAGACUUUCUUAUCUUAUGAAGACCCACAACGUGAUAUAUUGGUUGGGCUGUUACGCCUUCGUAAAUGCUCUGAGGAAGGUACCUUCCGACCUGAGUUAGUAGACAAAGGCGAUGGCGGGGCUAGUAUUGUCCGGGAACUCCACGUAUAUGGGACGGCCGUACCAGUACACGGCAGGGAUCCUACCAAAUUCCAGCACCAGGGAUUCGGUACGUUGCUAAUGGAAGAAGCUGAACGAAUUGCUCGGGAUGAGCACGGGAGCAUUAAACUUGCUGUUAUCUCAGGUGUCGGAACUCGUGAUUAUUAUAGAAGGCUUGGCUACGAGCUUGAUGGUCCUUAUAUGUCAAAGUCUUUGGUAUGA